GCGGUUCUGUUUCCGUGUUGAGGCGCAGCAGGAUUCAGGGACAUGACCAGGCCGGGAACCUGCCGUUACCCUUAGCGUCACCUCAGCCAGCGGCGAGAGAGAGAGAAGAUGGCGUCCAUGUUGCUGAGGAGCUGCAGCCAGCGGGUCUGCUGCCUCCCCAGGCCGCUGCGCCGGGAGCCCAAGUGGGGUAACUUGGGAGACCGUACUUGUCUCAGUUGUGUGUCUCUGAGGUUGAUUAACCAUACGAAUGUACACUUCAAAUAUUGCACUAGUAUCCACCCUGUUUACAUGUACUCCAAGAAAGAUCAGUACAGUUGUUGGACUAAAGGACCUGAACAAAUGUACUUUAAAGUUGUGAGCUCUCCUGGCUCAUGGACUCCGUUUGCAAGUUUGGGCAUUUUGGGGCCCCAGUACCUUCCAGUACGAUGGUGGCAUUCUUCACAUCCCCGUAAUGAUGACUCCAUGGUGGAAAAGUCACUGAAGUCUUUAAAAGAUAAAACCAAGAAGAUGGAAGAAGGAGGCCCGGUAUAUAGUCCAACAGUAGAGGUGGUUAAAACAUCUCUUAGACAGAAGAUUGUGGAUGAGGUGAAGCACUAUUAUCAUGGCUUUCGAUUGUUAUGGAUUGACACAAAAAUUGCUGCAAGAAUGCUCUGGCGAGUACUUCAUGGCAACGUUUUGUCUCGCCGGGAACGGAGACAGUUCCUUCGGAUAUGUGCUGAUCUCUUUCGCCUGGUUCCUUUUCUAGUCUUCAUUGUUGUUCCAUUCAUGGAGUUUCUGCUUCCAGUAGCCCUUAAGCUGUUCCCUGGCAUGCUUCCUUCAACAUUUGAGACAAAAUCUAAGAAGGAGGAGAGAUUGAAGAAAGAAUUGAGAGUGAAACUUGAAGUGGCAAAAUUUCUUCAAGACACUAUUGAGGAGAUAGCCUUAAAAAAUAAAGCAGCCAAAGGAAAUGUUACUAAAGAUUUUUCUAUCUUCUUUCAAAAGAUCCGAGAGACUGGUGAAAGACCUAGUAAUGAGGAGAUCUUACGGUUCUCUAAACUGUUUGAAGAUGAGCUUACACUGGACAAUCUUACUAGGCCUCAGCUGGUGGCUCUCUGUAAACUGUUGGAACUUCAGUCAAUCGGGACAAAUAACUUUCUGCGUUUCCAGCUGACCAUGAGGUUGAGGUCCAUGAAAGCAGAUGACAAACUGAUUGCGGAGGAAGGAGUUGACAGUCUGACUGUUAAAGAACUGCAGGCAGCAUGUAGAGCAAGAGGUAUGAGAGCUCUUGGCGUAACAGAAGAACGACUAAAGGAACAACUCAAACAGUGGCUAGAGCUGCACCUGGACCAACAAAUCCCCACUUCAUUGCUUAUUUUAUCCAGAGCUAUGUAUCUUCCGGAUACACUUUCACCAGCUGAUCAGCUCAAAACAACACUCCAGACCCUACCAGAGAGUGUGGCCAAAGAGGCUCAAGUCAAAGCAGCAGAAGUUGAGGGUGAAAAAGUAGAUAAUAAAGCUAAGCUGGAAGCAACCCUUCAGGAAGAAGAAGCCAUUAGAAAAGAAAAUCAAGAAAAAGAGAUGGAAAGAAUGUCUGAAGCUGCUGAGAAAGCCAAAGAAAUCCUUCAGGUUGCAGCAAGGAAAGAGAUGGAGUCUGCAGUGGAUCUUGAAGCAGCUGCUGUACAUGUGAAGAAAAGCCAGAUAGCUGUGGAUACUGAACAUGAACUGGCUAGUGUGGAUUUGACACUACAUUCAGAGACCUUGAAAGAUACAGCACCAGUGUUAGAAGGCAUUAAGGGUGAGGAAAUAACCAAGGAGGAGAUUGACAUGCUGAGUGAUGCUUGCACCAAACUGAAGGAAAAGAAGAAAUUGUUAACAAAAGAAAAGGAGGAGCUUGAGGAGCUAAAGGAUGAUGUUCAGGAAUAUAGUGAGGAUUUGCAAGAGAUAAAGGAGCUAUCUAAAACAGGACAAGAGGAUGUAGUGGAAGAGUCUAAAGCAAGCAAGCGGUUGACCAAAAGGGUGAACCGAAUGAUUGGACAAAUUGGCAAAAUUAUUAAUGAAUUAGAGACAGACCAAAAGGUGGUGGAUGGACAGUUGGACAGUGGUGCUAGUCCACCUAUUGGAUUGUGUUUCCCCUUUAGGGAGAAUCUCAUCAGUAUCAACGAGCUUAUUAGUGUGAUGAAACAAAUCCAGAAGUUUCCAGAGAACAAACUGAAUAGGAUUGCUGAGGCAUUAGAUGAAAACCAGGACGGCAAGAUUGAUAUAAAUGAUGUUGCCAAGGUGGUAGAAUUAAUUGACAAAGAAGACAUUGAUAUCUCAACAAGUCAGGUUGCUGAGAUUAUAGCACUGCUUCAAAAAGAAGAGAAACUGGAAGAAAAAGAGAAGGCAAAAGAAAAGGUUGAGAAAGAAGCUGUGGAAAUAAAGAAUUAAACUUCAGAAUCUGAAGUAAAGUCCAGUUUAACCAAUACAUCUUCCUGUGAGCUUCUGUGAUGAUGAAAAAUGUUAACGCUUUGUCUGCUAAACGAGUUUGCUAGUGGCAAAUCAAAGAUAUGUUUUGUGAAAUAUGGAAUCAUAUAACUUCUAUUAUCUAGCAAGUGAUUUUUACCAUCAUUCAUGAAGAUGAAAACAACAUGAUUCUUUAAGAGCGUGUUCUUUGCUGUGGAAUCACGUAUUUGCAGUCAUCACUGUGGUGUAGAGAAUCACUAAACUUGCUAGUUUCCAAAACAUUAGCAUAAAUAGUGUAUCUAUCAUGGAAUAAUGUGUGUGAAUGUCAUUUAUUUCCUUGCAUCAUGUAAACAUCUGAUCAGCAACUGUUAAACAAGGUCCAACAUUAUUGUUCUGCUUUCUCCUUCUGCUUUUUGCAUAGUUUGAUAUAAAUUUUUCCUUUCAUCAAAAUAUUUCAUUUUCCCUUGACACACUACUGAAGGGGCUGUGGCAUCAAUAGUAAGUGUUUAGAUUAUUUAAUUUUUCUGAGCUUCAUAUCCGCUAAACUGUUGCUUUGCUAAUACAGAAUGUGGCAUACUCUGAUCUCGUGUGUUUAAAUCAACUGUUUUAUCUGUUACUCUUUUAUGAAGGGAAGAUUCAGUGGAACUGAAACCUCCAAUGAAGAAUGAUUUUUAUGGGUGCCUUAAGCUUAUUGUGAUUGAAAAGUGGGAGUGGUUACUUCUAAGACAAUUCUCAUAAUUCCAUAUGCGUUAUUAAAGCGGUGGGGAAAUAGGAACCUUUAACGUACUUUCAAAAUGUGUUCUGACACAUAAAUGGGAGAGUGCAUAUUUAAAUAGCUAAAGUAAUUAGAAGGGAAAAAUGUCAAUGGUGAUAUUUUACAUAUAUUUUUAAAACUUGCAGUUUAAAAAAAAGUGUUCAUUCUUAUCUACCUGAAUCCUGUAUACAACAUAACAGGCAUUUUUACCUCUUGAUUUUUCAUCUCAGGUAUGAAAUCACUAACCACGUGACAGUCAGAAAACAUUACGUAAAUCUGUUCAUCUCAUGGCCUUGCUUACUGCAGUGUUACCAAAUAUCUGGUAUAAACAAUGUUUUGAGUACAUGGUUUGCUUUCUGGUUAACUGGUUCUUUUAUUCAGUUUCUUCUCUAAUUAAGUAAUAAAUUAAAUAUUAGCAAUUAAUGGAUCUGGAUUUACUACGCCAUGUCUCUUUUAUUUUUUUUUUAAACUGAAGAUUUAAAACAUAAAUACUGACAAUUUUAGUAUAUUUAUUUAUUUUCUAAGCAGUCUAAAUUUCCCCUUGUUUCUUAAAUUUCAGAUUUCAUUUGCCAAGGAAUACUAAUAUUAUGACUUUCACCAGUGUUCUUUUCAUUUUGCAUCCAGUAGUUCAUAGUCUCAAAUUUUUGUAAUUAUCAGAUUAAUGCGUGUUAAACGUGCUGCUGUAGAAUGCUGUACAUGGAAGAGAAUGGAGUCUAUACCUUUUUUGCUAUAGUAAAAAUUACGUACUGUCUCAAAAGUUUUGACUCCCAAACACAUUUUAGUGUAAUUCUUUGUUUUUUGUGUUAAAUCUGAAUUAGAAUGACAAAAAUGUUUAUAGAGACAUGGGACUGCUAUGGCUACAAUUACACUGUAAACCAAAAUGUUUAUAGAAACUCCUUCAAGUUAGUGGAACAAAAUAUAGUUUGGGCAUUCUCAUGGCUUGCAUGGUGGACCAUUAUAUUUAUUGAAUUGCUUCUUGUACAUUUUGCUGUGGUAAUGUACAGUUUGUUAGCUAAUUUUAGAAGCAGAGUAAAAAUGUUUAGUUCACAGCUAUAGAACAUUUUUCAGUUUGUAAACUAUACAGUUGGUAAAGAAAGAUGCUUACAAUGGGUAAUGUGACUGAUCCUCCUGAGAAGCACUAUAAUUGCAUCUUACUGAGUAAACUGUAUUCCACCUGUGGACAGGUUGAAAUUACAAAGUAAUAUGAUCUUUGCGAUUCUUUUACUGUAUUUUUUAAAUGGAUGGGCAUAUCUGUUUUCUUGAAAGUAAGAGUAGGGUAUAGAUUCCAGCAUGAAGUCAGUUUCAAGAUGUGUAUUUAUAACUUGACUAUAACCUUUAAGGCUAAAACUUGCCCAGUAUUCCAUACUGUGGGCUGUACUUAUCAAGGCAUUGAGGCACAUUGUCCCUGCUAAGUUUGGUUGUGCCUUUUUUGUUUAUUUGAAAUAUUAGGUAGAGUGAACGAGAAAGGAGAUCUAAAGUAGGUGAUGGACGUUUUUAAACAACAUCCUUAUUAAAUUCAUUCUGAUACAUUUAUGGCUAAAAGUUUUUGUUCUUGGACUCACCUGAAAAAUGUUAUAUUGAGAUACUUGAAUCAGUUAAUUUAAAAGCAUUGCUUUCAAUAACCAGUGUUAGUUUUCCCCGUCAUCUAAAGAGAUUUAAAUAAAUCAUGUAUAAAUCAGCAAUAGCUAAAUGUGUUAAUUUAUUUUGAAAAAUAUUGCAAAUCCAAGAUAUGUGGCCUAGAAUUCAUAAUGGCGAGCGUUAUCUGCCAUUUUAUAUAGUAAGUGGGCAAACCCAUGACUCGCUAGACUUAUUGUGUGCUCUGUGGGUCUCAAAAAUAUUUGGCAGGCUUCCGUUAAUCACCAAGGGCCCCCUUCCUUGAGUAGUUUUAUGGAAGCCUUUAAAACUACACAGGUUAAUGGGCGUGGGGGUUUGGCAGGACUGGGCUUCAAAUCAAGAGCUUUACUGCUUUUUAUCUAGACCAAAAGAAUAAAUCAAAGUUAAAAUACUUCAGGAGGGAUUGAUGGGUUUUCAGAUGUACAGUAACUGGUCAUAGAACUUACUCCUCUAUGAACUAUUUAAUCAGUAGGUCUAAAUAUUUUGUUUAAAUUUAUUGAAAGGUUGUAUAAUAUUUGAAUGAGCUUAUGAGUUACACAAGCUGAUUCUUCAAAAUUACAGUUGGGCAAGCAAUAACAUCGUCAUCACAUUGUUUCAAAUUCAGGUAAAGAUCUGAUAUAUGUAAUGUUUCCCCUAAAUUGUUUAUGAAUCUUUAUUUGGCUUACCAAAAAAUUCAAGUUUGACAACAGAGUUACUGAACUAAAGCAAAGUAGUGUGUCCUUUACCUUCUGCCUAUGACAUAAUUAGGUACUUUUGUAACUUAGUCGUAUUUAAUCAAUUAAACAGUUUUUUCCAGCUCAUGUUUUUUCAAAUGCCCACUUUCACUCAGCUCUUCAUCAGCAAUCACAUGCUGUUGUUUGUGCUGUAUAAGUAAAUCUGUCUGCCAGCUAGGUACCAGAAGGUUAAUUUUAUGGAGCACUUGUCAUCUUUAAAAGAUACGAAUAUUAACUGUUUUUCUGUUUGAGUGCCAUAUGCAACUUUUAGUGAAGGUAAUGGGAGUUUUUCCAUUGAGUUCAGUAGGAAUUGGAUCAGACCUGAAAAAGGCAGUUUUUUCUUUUUUUUUUUAAACCUCAUUUGUUUUGAUGUGUACAUUACACCCUACCAAAAAGCUUUAAAGAAAUUCAUAAAGCUCUAUAAACUUGAACUAAUAUCUUUAAAAAGGCUUUGAAAUAAUUUAAAAAAGCAAGAUCUUAAAUGCUAACAGGAUACAUGAAUAACCUUCAUUUACAGACCAGUGGUCUGAAAGCUUUUUGUUUCCGAAGACCUGAGUUUUUGAGAUUCGUUGUUUUUCUUGUAAGAAUAGAUGACAUCACUAAUUCCUGAAGUGUGCAGGGAGCUGCAUUCAUGUAGGAGAAAUACAGAACAUUAAACUUGGGUCUUGGCAUAUAAAUGCUUUUCAAAUAUCUUUGCUUAGAAUGUAUAGCUAGGGCCUCCGAUCCUGCAAAGAGAAAUGUGUGGGCAGACCCAUGCCUCAGUACAGAGCUGUGUUGAUUUCAUUGGGGCUGUAUGCAGGCAUGGAUCUCUUUUGCCUUAAAUGGUAGGCUUUGUGAAAGGGACUGGCUCUUCUGAUUUGUGCAGUUUGGAAUACUGCAUGUAAUUUAUAUAUAUCUAAACAUAUGUGCUGCUAGUGACUUAAGCUUUUAGAUAUUUUAGUAUGUAUUUUUAAAGCAUUUGUUUACUUUGAACUUGAGAUUUAUUUCAAAUUAUUCAUUUUAAAUAAGUCCCAUAUUUAAUUCUACUUUUUGAGAUUUGUUGUUGCAGUUUAAGGAGUUCAGCCCAUGUUAUAACACUGUCUAAAAGGUCACUUGCUAUCUGUGCUCUAAACUUGCCACAGUACAAUAUAAAGUUUUUUUGGGGAAGUUUAUUAAAAUGUGUAAUGUCUUCAGUUUUAAUAAACUUGUAAUAUUUUUA